CGUCCUUUGACUAAUCUGCAUCAGUUUGCAACUGAUAAUCAACAGUACAGCUUGUUAAUUCACUCAGUUGCAUUCACGAAAAGCACAAUCGAAAUGAAAACUGUUAUAUUAUGCAUCAGUGCCAUCUUGCUUGCUGGAGUGUUUGCCGAUCCAGAGGCAGCUGCUGAACCCCAAAAAUAUCCCAAACCACCCUAUCCAGCAGCUUAUGGCCAGAAGUACAACAAUUACUGCAACCCGCGAAAGGCACCAACCUGCGCCAAAACCGGCACUGAAACUUUUUGUCUGAAAGACACUGAAUACCCAGAGAAAGAAGUCAAGUACGCCAUCGAUUACGACCCGUUGGUGCUGAAGAAAUACGCCGAUGUUGCUGAUCAGUCGGCCGAUAAUUUGGUCGAUGGACUGACCUCUUUGGCUGAGGCGCACUUCGACUACUCCAACUACAAAGGCAAAUUCUUCGAGAAGGGCCACUGGUCUGGUGACGAGGGAUACAUCUGCCCUAGCGACGUCGUUUAUGCUCGCCCACUCCGGGCAGUGAAUGUCGAUGGAGAAUGGCGGGUCAUCGUCCAAGAAAACGCCUGGCCCGGAUACACCCAGACUCAACGCGUCGAAAAAUGUUUGUUCCCCGGUGCAUCUUGUCGCACCUUGGCCCCUUGUUUCGGCAGCAAAUGUCUGCAAAAAUAUGUUUACCAGCGGAUGCUUUCCUUCGAUCCCUGCGAUCCCCAGAAGGGAAUCUUCAUCGACAUCUACAAGUUGCCAUCAGCCUGCUCUUGCCACAUUCCCGGUAAACUCCACUGACUAAAUUAAUUUUCCCGAAUGAAAUUCCUUCGUGAUGUUCAUUUAAUUUAAAACUGUCAUGUGGUACUUACGAUGAUAACUUAACUCACACUUGUCUUAAAAUAACAUAACUUGAAUCUAUCAAUUUGAAAUUCUGCUCUUGUAUUUCAUUUGGUUGACAUUGUGAAAUCUGAAGAGUAUUAUUACCAAAUCAUACCGAGGAAUUUCAGAAUAAAAAUGGAUAGGUUUGGCCUCCUCUAAAGAAAAGUUUUAAAUAUUUUAUAUUUGAAAUUGAAUUGAAAGAAGUAGGUAGCCAAGUUUUCGCCAAUGUGUUCCAGGGUUCGAUGGAGAAAAAAAUGAUUUAGUUCUUCGAAAUUGUUUUCACUCCAUUAUUGACCCACUCGCGUACUGUAUGGAAUUUUAAAACAUCAAACAAUCUUCAAUAUCACUACCACAAGAUUUUUAGGACUUAUGCAACUCGACUCAAAUGGUGAUUGACAGUAAUGUGGAAACGCUGCAUCAGCUCCUCCCAAUAAAAUGCCCGUAAAAUGCAUCGACAACCAGCAACAAAAGAAAGCUAACUUAAAAUUUUAACUUUAACCCAAAAUUUUUUAACUUAACUAACUUUAAAAUUUCCUCGAAAUCAAAAUCGAGCAGCUUAUUAAUGCUAAAAAUUCUGAAUAUUUCCCGGGUGAUGGGACGAGCAUUUCGAAGACAAGUUAUUUACUAUUUCGUUUCUUUCAACAAUGGAGCGAAUAAGGAGUCAACACAAUCAUUUUCAUGUGCAAACACGAAUGUUAUGAAUUUCGUUUUGGGGUCAAUGGAGUUGGCGCUGGUUGCCGUUACUGGCCUUUUGCGACGUCUUGAUAUCAGUUUGGA